UUCCCUGAGACACAACAAUAUUGAGAUUAGGCCAAUUAAUAACUCUGCAAUGGCCUCUAAGUGCUCAAGUGAAAGGAAGAGUCGCACGUCUCUCACUUUAAAUCAAAAACUAGAAAUGAUUAAACUGAGUGAGGAAGGUAUGUCAAAAGCUGAGAUAGGCCGAAGGCUAGGCCUCCUGCGGCAAACAGUUAGCCAAGUUGUAAAUGCAAAGGAAAAGUUCUUGAAGGAAGUUAAAAGUGCUACUCCAAUGAACACACGCAUGAUAAGAAAGCGAAACAGCCUUAUUGCUGAUAUGGAGAAAGUUUUAGUGGUCUGGAUAGAAGAUCAGACCAGCCGCAACAUUCCCUUAAGCCAAAGCCUAAUCCAGAACAAAGCCCUAACUCUCUUCAACUCUAUGAAAGCUGAGAGAGGUGUCAAAGCCGCAGAAGAAAAGUUUGAAGCUAGCAGAGGUUGGUUCAUGAGGUUUAAGGAAAGAAGCCAUUUCCAUAACAUAAAAGCACAAGGUGAAGCAGCAAGUGCUGAUGUAGAAGCUGCAGCAAGUUAUCCAGAAGCUUUAGCUAAGAUCAUUGACGAAGGUGGCUACACUAAACAACAGAUUUUCAAUGUAGAUGAAACAGCCUUCUAUUGGAAGAAGAUGCCAUCUAGGACUUUCAUAGCUAGAGAGGAGAAGUCAGUGCCUGGCUUCAAAGCUUCAAAGGACAGGCUGACUCUCUUGUUAGGGGCUAAUGCAGCUGGUGACUUUAAGUUGAAGCCAAUGCUUAUUUACCAUUCUGAAAAUCCUAGGGCCCUUAAGAAUUAUACUAAAUCUACUCUACCUGUGCUAUAUAAAUGGAACAGCAAAGCCCAGAUGACAGCACAUCUGUUUACAGCAUGGUUUACCGAAUAUUUUAAACCCACUGUUGAGACCUACUGCUCAGAAAAGAAGAUUCCUUUCAAAAUAUUACUGCUCAUUGACAAUGCCCCUAGUCAUCCAAGAGCUCUGAUGGAGAUAUACAAGGAGAUUAAUGUUGUUUUCAUGCCUGCUAACACAACAUCCAUUCUGCAGCCCAUGGAUCAAGGGGUAAUUUCGACCUUCAAGUCUUAUUAUUUGAGAAAUACAUUUCAUAAGGCUCUAGCUGCCAUGGAUAGUGAUAUCUCUGAUGGAUCUGGGCACAGCAAAUUGAAAACCUUCUGGAAAGGAUUCACCAUUUUAGAUGCCAUUAAAAACAUCCGUGAGUCAUGGGAGGAGGUCAAAUUGUCAACAUUAACAGGAGUUUGGAAGAAGUUGAUUCCCACCCUCAUUGAUGACUAUGAGGGGUUCAAGACUUCAGUGGAGGAAGUAAGUGCAGAUGUGGUGGAAAUAGCAAAAGAACUAGAAUUAGAAGUAGAGCCUGAGGAUGUAACUGAAUUGCUGCAAUCUCAUGAUAAAACUUUAACAGAUGAGGAGUUGUUUCUUAUGGAUGCACAAAGAAAGUGGUUUCUUGAGAUGGAAUCUACACCUGGUGAAGAUGCUGUGAAGAUUGUUGAAAUGACAACAAAGGAUUUAGAAUAUUACAUAAACUUAGUUGAUAAAGCAGCAGCAGGGUUUGAGAGGAUUGACUCCAAUUUUGAAAGAAGCUCUACUGUGGGCAAAAUGCUAUCAAACAGCAUCGCAUGCUACAGAGAAAUCUUUCAUGAAAGGAAGAGUCAACUGAUGCGAAAAACUUCAGUGAUGUCUUAUCUUAGGAAAUUGCCACAGCCACCCCAACCUUCAGCAGCCACCACCCUGACCAGUCAGCAACCAUCAACCUCAAGGCAAGACCCUCCACCAGCAAAAAGAGUACGACUCACCAAAGGCUCAGAUUGAUAAUCAGCAUUUUUUAGCAAUAAAGUAUUUUUAAAUUUA